CAGAACCUCACUGGCUCCCAUUCGGACCAAAAGUGAGGCGUACGAGCCGGGGAGCCCGCUAUUGGGCAGGUCCCUUGUCCAUCGGAUGAGGGCGGACCGCUCUGUUUUAUUUUUUUAUUUUUUUUAGUUCCCCCUGUUGCCUCGGUACGGAAGCCGAGCGGGGACCGGCUGGUUAGGCAGCGGCCACGGGUCUCCACCCGAGAGUAUGGCGGCUGGAAUCUGCUCCGGGUAGCGGCGAAGGGGGCGAGAGAGAAGCGCGGAGGCAUGCAAGUGAUGUUGGGAGGGGAAGAAGAAAAAAACAAAACCCAAAGAGACGCAAGUUCAAUCGCUGCAGUUUUAGUUUGUGUUGCGUUUCUCUACAGCUGGAGAAAUUGUGCCUGUAGUUUAUUCUAAGCGCCCCUCUUUCCACCCCCUUCGACGGAGCAAGUUUGUUUUUUUGUGAUGCACACACAAGGCUGAGGGAAACACAUGCAAUCCCCCCACGCACGGUCCACCUCAUCGGGCGAAAUCUCCAACCUUCCCGGGUGCGCGUUUUUUUUUUUUAGGGGGGGAGGAGGACGGCUGCAGACCGCGGAUGCCAGCGUUUUUGGCCUGCCUGCGGUGGGGAAGAAUUUCCACAAUGAAAACCCCUCCGGAGUCUUUGUGCUCUGCAUUAGUUGAGCAAUGACAGCGCUGUUGACGAGCCCGUUCAAAAUGGGACGCGGACGGUGAGCGCAGGACCGUGCGGCGGCGGUGGAGGCGGGGAGGGGGAAAAGAUUUUUGACUUUAUUUCAAUGACGCGCGGAGAUUUGAUCACCAGCUGAUUUAUAAAGCCACGAUGCGCGAGUAUAAAGUGGUGGUCCUGGGCAGCGGCGGCGUCGGGAAAUCAGCCCUCACCGUGCAGUUCGUCACCGGGACCUUCAUCGAGAAGUACGACCCCACCAUAGAGGAUUUCUACCGCAAGGAGAUCGAGGUGGACUCGUCGCCCUCGGUGCUGGAGAUCCUGGACACGGCCGGCACGGAGCAGUUCGCCUCCAUGCGGGAUCUUUACAUCAAGAACGGACAGGGGUUCAUCCUGGUCUACAGCCUGGUCAACCAGCAGAGCUUUCAGGACAUCAAGCCCAUGAGGGAUCAGAUCAUAAGAGUCAAAAGGUACGAGAAGGUCCCUGUGAUCCUGGUGGGGAACAAGGUGGACCUGGAAAGCGAGAGGGAGGUGUCGUCCGGCGAGGGCCAGGCGCUGGCCGAGGAGUGGGGCUGCCCCUUCAUGGAGACCUCGGCCAAAAGCAAAACCAUGGUGGACGAACUGUUUGCUGAAAUCGUCCGACAGAUGGACUACGCCACCCAGCCGGACAAGGAUGACCCCUGCUGCUCCUCGUGCAAUAUACAAUAACCCCCUCGGGGCCCUUUGACUUACAGGAGACAGACACACUCUUAGACACACACACAUGCACGCGCCGGCUACAUUUAGGACAAAUUCAUGGCUGAACGCAAUUAAAAUCAGCUCAGCGGAGCAUAAACACUCUCAGACAUGAUAAUUAAUAAUGACAAGUGACUAAUGCAUUAAUCUUGAAUGAGGAAAAAAACAAAGAAUACGGCGCAAGA